GGGUGCGGGGAGCUAGGCGUCUGUUCCGCCCCCAGCUAUCCCCCUGCCCCCUCGACCUCUGGACCUAGACCACCGAGCCUCCCCCACCCCUAUCUCCCUUUCUUUCUGGGAAUUUAGGGAUCCAAGAUGCCCUGAGUCUGGGAGGGGAGGGUCAGAGUAGUAAACACCAGCUGGUAGACCCCAAGUCUGGUGGCACAUCUUGCCCCUUCCUCACUUCCCAUCUCACCUCCCCUCUCCUCCCCCUUUCUCUCCCUACUUAGGUCGUCUAUGGGCCCCCCUGGAGACACCAACUUUCCCUAGCAGCUCACCUGGGCUGAGUCUAUGGGGUUGGGAUGCUGUAAGCGCAGCCUUCACUGACUGGCUCCGAGGUAGACUCCUGGGACUCUCCAUCUGAAUCAAAGAGUUUCUUAGCUGGUCUUCAAACAUAUUGUUACUCCUUUGAUUCUCUGAGAGCCCAGCAGAGAGUAGAGAGAGCAGGGAGCUCAGAAGUGGAGAAAGACUGAAUGCACAUAUCCAGGCGGGGCUGGACUGGUAACAAGAGACAAUUAAUCCCAGGCAAGUGCUACCUGGGCUGACACCUCUGAGGGGUGAAGGCAGAAGGAGCAUUGGCAGCAGAGUGAGUUGCAGGAGUUAGUUGGCCUGUAAGAAGAAGGACAUGGAGUCCCUUGAAGAACUGUCAGAGGAAGAGGCUCCCAAAGAAACCAAAACUUCCUCAUCCCUGCCCAGGAAGCUCACAGUCAAGGAGAUUCUGGCUACCAAGACCCAAAACUACUUUGCUCAGACUAAAAAAACAAAGAAAACCUUGAUGCAGGUUGCCUUCACCAUUGGGCUAGGCAGCAUAUGGCGCUUCCCUUACCUGUGUCAUCGGAACGGAGGAGGCAACUUUAUCCUGAUGUACUUCUUCAUGCUCCUCUUGUUCGGGAUCCCCCUCUUGUACAUGGAGAUGAUCAUGGGGCAUUGGCUGCGUAUGGACAACAUCCGGGUCUGGAAGCAGCUCGUCCCCUGGCUGGGCGGCAUAGGAUACGCUAGCAUAUUGGUGUGCAUCUUGAUAAGCUUGUAUAACAGCAUCAUCAUCACCUGGAGCAUUUCCUACCUGGGCAACUCCUUUGAUAAUUCCUUGCCCUGGAACCAGUGCCCACUGGUGAAGACCAUCAAUGUUACUGACCUCUCUUGCCUUCAGACUGUGUCCCACCAGUACUUCUGGUACCACACCACACUGAGUGCCUCGGGCCACAUUGAGGAAGGGGUAGAGUCCCUGGUCGUGCACCUCACCCUGGGCAUCUUCGCAGCCUGGUGCCUCCUUUUCUUAAUCAUGAUCACAGGGCUAAAGACUCCAAUGCCGAUGCUGAUUUUCACGGUAUUCCUCCCCUACAUCCUCCUCUUCUGCUUCCUCAUCCGAGGUCUCUUCUUGGAGGGUGCAACUGCCAGCCUCAGACAUAUGGUGACCACAGAGUUCUCAUCUUGGGCCUCACUGGACCUGUGGCGUCAGGCAGGAGGCCAUGUACUCUAUUCCUUGGGCCUGGGCAUGGGCAUCACCAUCAGCUUCUCCUCCUACAAGGUUGGAGAAGACAACUAUAUCCAGGUGGCCUCCUUGGUGGCCCUGGUCAACCUGGUGACUUCACUGCUGGCCACAUCCAUCAUCUUUAUAGUGCUGGGGUUCUGGACCAGCACCAGUGGCCACAGCUGUGUUGAGAAAAGCAUCCUGAAGCUGAAGAAUCUGAUAAAAAGGGGUAUGCUGCCUCAGGAUGCCAAGCCUCCAGAAGACAUGCUAUACCUCACCACCCUGGACUACUUGGACUGGAUCAGCAAACUCCCUCAAUACCUCCAAUACCAGGUCAUCCACUUCUCUCCAUCCUGCAGCAUCAAGAUGCAGAAGGAAAAGUUCAUGGAGGGCCCUGGCCUGGCAUUCGUAGCCUUCUCCCAAGUCAUCUCGUUGUUCCCUGGUGCCUCUUUCUGGGCCAUCCUCUUCUUCUUGGCCCUGGUCAUCAUGGGGCUGAGCACCUCGAUACAGAUCUUGGAAGGCAUUGUCUCUCCCCUCCAGAACUCCAUCUCUACCUUCAGGAGGUAUCCUAAGCUGCUCUCAGUGCUCAUCUGCUUGGGAGGUUUUCUGGGCAGCCUCGUCUUCACCAGUCACGCUGGCAGCUACAUAAUGUCCUUGUUUGAUGACUACCUGAUCCCGCUGACCCUCGUCAUCAUUGUGACCUUCCAGAAUGUGGCCCUGGCCUGCAUCUACGGAGCUAGGAGGGUCAGGGAAGAAAUAUUCAGUGAUCUGGGCCGCCUGCUGUGGUCCUUCUUCAUUGUCCUGUGGUGCUAUGUGACCCUGCCCGGGCUGCUGGCCCUGACCACCAUCUACUUCAUGCAGCUCUACCAGAUGGUGCCCCCUUACUACAUUGCCUGGAACAGCAGUAUGAGCCAGGAGGUAAAACAGCCCUACCUGCAGAGCACCCUGGGCUGGGUCACCUUCCUCAGCAUCCUCACCUUGCUGCCGAUCCCAGUCCACCCACUUUACCACUGGUGGUACCUCCAGGACCACAUUGCUUCUGAUCCCCUUGAAAAACUACAGCCCAAGAAGAUGCCUUCGGUGCCUCCCAAGCCCUUACAGUGGCCUAAGCACCACCUGGGGAAGUCCCAGGAGAAAAACAGUGAGAGCUCAUCCAAGCAGCUCAGCCUGCUCCUGGGUAGGGGGCUGAACCUGAACCUCCCCCCAUGGCAGUGCAGCCUGCCUCUGAGUAGGAGCAGUCAGAGCUCUUCCUGGUUGAGCCUGCCUGUCAUUACAUCCCUGACAUCGUCAUUCUCCAGGAGGAGUGUCAGCCUGCCAAUUUCAAGACAGGUGAGCCCCGCCUCGGUAGCCGUAGACAACAGUGAGCUGCACACAGAGACCAAAGAAGACAGAAAGAAUAGACAGAAAUAGACAGAAAUAGACAGAAAUAGACAGAAAGGGAUCCUGGCAGGAUGAGAACUCUGUUCAGUAACUGGUGAAACUACCCAUUUUUUUCCAAGGCACCAAACCUCUCUAAUAACUGGUGGCAUUAGUGUCCAUUUUGCUACAGAAAUAAUUGGUUCAGCUGGAUAGGAGGGGCGGGCACGUGGAAAUUCUGCCUAGCUACCACUCAUUUGGCUUUGGAAGGAAAUGGACAACUCAGGAGCUCUUUAUCUCCUGGAAUAGUACCAAUUCUGCUGAGUGGAACACUCUGCUCUGAGAUUGGAGAAUUCAGAUGAAGAAAUCCACUUAGCCAUUUACAGGGCCGGACCUAGUGCCUCCUUUCUCCUUGUGAGGAGGGAGUACCAUAUUGGUAUCAUGGGAACGAGCUUCAUAGCAAUUUCUAGGACCCAGCCUUCCCAGUUAUCAUGGAGAUACACAGUGUUCACUCCAGACCCCAAACUCCACCACCAAACUGGAUCACUGGGAUGGCUGACUUCUUCAGGGCUAACCUCUCAGAAUGGGCUGGGAUAAUAAUGCUGAGUCAAUAAAUCGAUCCACUUAGACCCCA